UCAUUUGUCAAACAAGUAAACAAUAUUUGUACUUUUGAAUAUUUAAGUAAUUUAUCGUCCCGCACUUAUUAAAUUGUGAUGAAAAGGAAGGAAAAGCACUAUCAAUUCUAGAGUUAAAGAUGCCACAAUUAUUUCAAGUAUUAAGAUGUUAUAAAUGUUUAGUUUUUCAAAUACACCAAACAAAGAAGUCAAAUAAAUGGCAAUGCAAAAUGUGUGGUGAGAAACAAUCAAUUAAACGUCACUAUGGAAUUGGUAACGGAAAAGAAUGUAGACUCCAUGUACAGAAAUUAAACGGUUUAAGAGGAGAAAUAGAAGAUGAAAAAUUAAAUAGUCUACAUUCAAAUGAUGAUUACUCAAAUUCUGAAGAAGAGAAUGUCGAAAGUAACUUAUUUCAAAAUGAAUUAAAGACUGAAAGUAAAUGGUCUACAUACAUAGAAAAAGAGGAAGAACAUCAGGUAAAUGAACCCAUGUAUCUAGAUAACGAUGAGCUUUGCUUAGAUAUUCCUAGUAAAGAAAUGAAAUCCGUUAAGAGGAAAAAAGUUAUUCCUGCAAAUAAAGAAAAUUUUAAAAAAAGUUUUAAAGCUCCUUACAAAAAUGAAUCUGAAGAAACACCAAUGGCCUUUGCCCAAAAGUUAAUUGAACCUAUAAAAAAUGCUGUAGAUAAUAAAUCAAAUAUGACAGCUGUAAACAAGUUAAGUAAUCCACACAAAGCAGUAUCUAGUUUUAUACAGCAAAAUUUUGAGAAAAAUAAAAUUCAAAUAAAUUCCAAAUGGGCACAGUUUGUUGAAAAGGAAAAUGAUUUUGAAGAAAAUGAAUGUCCACCUCAAAACAGUUCUUUAACAGAUACAACUAAACUUUUUCAAUUGUGUGAUGAUACUGAUCUUGAUGAUGUGCUAAAUAUUUAGCUGUGUAAUUGAACAUUAGGCAUUAAAAAUAUUAAGAAAUAAAGAAAUUAAAUAUCUAACAAAUAUAUCCAU